AUGAAUUCAACGAUUUGCACUCUUCUCUGUGUCUUUGCUCCGGAAUGCGCGAACAAUUUGGAAGAAGACUACUGUAGAGAGAUUUUGAAUCGAGAUGUGUUGCUAGAAUGGGAGAAAGAAGCCAUACAGAUUGAUCUACAAGCUUCUGACGAUGCUCUUUGCUAUUGUUCCGAAGAACAAGAAACAUGUGACUUUCCGGGCUUCAUCCCUCACGAAAUCUCGAAAAUCUACGAGCCCUCUAUUCUUAGCUCGAAAUGCGCGAAGAACUGUACAACAUCUUUCUCCUACACAAGCUCAGCUGUUGACGCUUUCCACAAAUCGUUAAACUUCGCCGCAGUGUGGCUUAUGGCCAUUGCAUCUGUUUCCUUCUCCAUCUCUGUCGCUUCUUCUAGCACUUCGUUCCGCAAGCAGCUAAAGGAAUGUUCCCUAGCGCUCAAUUUCGUCCUCUUCCAACUCGGAGUUCUAUUGCACAUAAUGUCGAAAAACAACUUUCACUGUCAGGAAGAGAGGCUUUCCUUCCUCUGCCCGCUAUCCGCCUUUUUGUUCACCUUCAGCCUUCUGUCUUUCUCAGCCUUAUAUUUUGCCUUUACGUCGAAUAUUAAAAACGAAUUGAAACAGUUCCUCGAAACUCUGAGCCUUCACCCACGAGAAUUUGAAAAGAUUCAACAUCGAUACAACCACAUAAUCGGUGGAACCUUCGCACUUCUUCUUGCCGCAACGCUUUCUUACCUAACUCCAGCUACACCGAAAAUUUCCUCAGACGAUAACUCCACCACUCUAACUGACGAUCUUGGUUUUUAUCCUGAUCCCAUUCUGAAGAUCUGCAUGUUUUCCAGCCCCUGGCGAAUCUACCUCUCCUCUACCGCACAUGUCAUUAUGUCCGCUUUGGCCGUGGCUUAUACUAUCAGCUCAAUUCUCCAGCUCAUAACCUUGCUGAAUCUAUCGAAGCAUUUGUCCGUCCAAGGCCGGUGGAACAUCCGAAUCUAUCUCGUCCGCCUCUCUAGUCUAUUAUUUUGCCUUUCCUUUCACACUGGUGCCUGCAUUUACGCCUUGUACAGCUACUCAACGAUGGAACAAACGGUCGACUUCGUUCAAGACCAAUGUUUCCGAAACAACGUCCUUUUUCCGGAAAAUCCGAUGGAUUGUCCCCUCAAAAAUGACGUUAGCGCUUUAGUUUACGUCAUCUACUCCCUCGAAUUCUGCGUUUUCAUUCAGGGACUCUGGCCGCUGGAUACUUCCACAAUCGGCUGGCUACUUAGUUUCUUCAUGGAUUCGGAAAAAGAAGAAGACGAGAUCGAGCUUUUCUCAGAGUACAUUCCGUUGGUUUAUCAGAAUCGAGGACAACGAGGAGAAUACUCUUCUAUGAUUUUGAAGAAUGGACCGAAGAAGAUCUCCGGCGAUUCUAACAGCUCGAUCGAAAAUUAUCUCCGGGCAAAUCGGUUAAUAGAGCGUCGCCCAGCUGCGAUUCCUGAUACAAUUCCGGAUCUAAAAAGAUCUCAGACGCCUGAAAUCAGAAAACGAAAAGUUCUGAGAAAGCGAAACAACACUUGGAGCAUAAAAGAAGGCUUCAGUCCGCAUCAUCAACGGAUGAUCGCUCGAGAAUCAAGCGAUUCCGAGUCCGAAGCAAGUCCGAAAAAGAUGUUCGUCAAUUUAUCCAUGAUAAAACAAGGUCAUCUGUCCGCUAUGCUCGCGAGAGUUGAUGACAUGAAGCUGUCGACGACGCAGUCCGAAUAUUCGGAUCACAAUUCUACAAGCCAAUCCUUACAAGUUCCAUUUUCUUCGCGAAGAUUGGAUCAAAUCCGACUGUCGGAUUUGACCACUGAUUCUUCGGAUUCCUAUUGA